UCAGCAGCCACGCCAGAAUGCGACUCUCUCAACACCCUGAUGAUCUAAGUGCCUCCAACAUCCGUCUCAUCUCCUUGCCUCUACUCCUUCUGCUCCUACACCCACAACAACCCGUCAACUGCGCCACCAGGACCUCCCGCUAUGCCAGUUUCCUCGGGCAACCUAAAGGAAUUCAUUCUAUUACACGUCGAGGAUUUGUUCCAAGUAGAUACAGUGACCCGGAAACUUUGGUAUAUAAAGCGAGGAAACCUGAAGGAGUGGACGAUGAAAGGGCCUUGUUCUCUCGUCAAGGUCAUGAUGUUUCAGUAAGGUACAGAGAUUUGGGUUUUCUGGGUAAUGAUGUUAGGAAGCCAGUGUUGUAUGAACCUCCGAGUGAUAUGAAGUUUGAAGCCCUAACACCUACGAAAAGCAUCCAGUACAUACGUAGAAGACCUGUAAUUUAUGGCACCCCGAGACGUGAAAUACAUACCCCUAGUAAACCAAUCACAUACUUACCACGAAAGCCCGUAAUAUAUCGACCCCCACGAGCUGUAAACAUGAGACUCGAGAGACCUACACAAAGUUCACAAAUAUUCAACGCGUCAUUGCGAAAAAGUACGAUACGUUUUCCAGGAGUGGAUGUUCCAGGGGCACUGAGGAAUGGGGAGAGCGUCUGGAUGUCCCCUGGAAGAGAUCGUGGAGGGGAUUAUAAAAGACUGGACCAACCCCAACAUAUAAUGAACAUCAUACAGCGCUCAUGGCCACGAAGAUCAUGGAACGAGUUGACUAUGACACUAACUCCACCUUGGGUUGACAAGAGGGACGCCAGAAGGAAAUUUUUUCACAAGAGACGAGAGAAAAUGUUUAAACUGAGACAAACUAACGAAAUAAUAUGUAAUGAAAACGGGAUCUAUUCUGAUUACACAAAGAGAAAGAAAAAAGUUAAGGAAAAAGGUGAGAUAGAGAUAAUAAAAGAUAACAUAUUUGUUGAUGAUGACCAGAGUAAGAGCAAACCCAGAGGACGGGAUGAAGAUGAUGUGAUUGAUUUUGUCGAAAGCUUUCACGAGUAUGGCGGACAACACAGAGAUAAAAGGGACUUGUUUACCGACGGUGGCAACAGUGUUAGGUCAAGGUCAACGGGCCGGGACAUUAACCUCGUACGUGUUCUUAACGAGAUGAGAGAAGAAGGUAAUGGUAAAAAAACGAGAUCGAAUCUUGUAUUAAAGACUCCGGACUCUAAGAAGCGAGGAUUCAGGGAAAUGAUAAAGCAUGUACAGACGCCUCGAGUAAUCAUAAAGUGGCAAGCAAGAAUGAAGAGAAAUUCACGUCUAAAAAGCACAGCACCGACCCACGUCUCCCACCAGCUGGAUGAAGGUAGAUUACAGAAACACAACACCAGCAUGAGUCAACCAAUACCACGUCUUGAGACCUCACACACUGACACACAUCCGGAGCCGACGUUGUCAUCGAUCUACCUAAAGAAGGAUGGCAAUGGUCACGUUGUGUCAUCCAUAUACAAAAGACCACACAAGACUCCUGACGCUCAGUACAAAGGCUCACAGAUGCUCCAGAGGGCCUCCCACACUUCACCUUUGGAGACGAAAGAGGAGGAGAGUCUUCAACGAGAGCCUGAUACACCACCGCAUCGACCUCAGUCCUCAUGCCACCUGAGACGAAUGUAUUACCGGGCAGCCAAGACCUCAGGUGUAAAUCCUAAUAUCCUCUAUGGUAAAUUAACGAAUAAAAUAAAAGAAACAGCAAAAUUGAAUACAAAAAUAAAUAGGAUAUUGAAAACGAGGGAAGAUGACAACAGGAAUAAAUUAAACAAAGGGAAGAGAAGAGAAUGGGAAGAGAAACGAAUCGAUAUUUCUCAGUUCUCUCUCAGCUCAGGUGGACAGCGCGAAGAGGGUGUCCUUAGCGAGGGGCAAAGUCGCAUGGGAGAGAAUAUAAAAGCGAAUAAAGGAGUAGACGAGAGAGAGGAGACGAGAAAAGACACUUAUCAGAGCCGAGUGAACAAAGACGUAGAGGAUCAAGCGGUGAUGAGAGAGAAAAGAGACGAAGAGGAGAAAAAAAUCGAUCCCUCACAAGUGACUUUCCGAGCGACAAAAAAUUGGGAAAGAAAAUGUAAAAAAACCGCGACAGAAAAAAACUCCACCAGAGGGAAAAAAAACACUAAAGGGAAAAAACUUACUCAAGGAAUGAAAAAUGAAAGCACACCAAGUAGAUUUUUCAAGUCAUCUGAGAAUAUUAACCUAACCACGAAUUUUACAACCCAUGUUAUAUUUUUUCAAGGAAUAUCGAGGAAGGACUUGAAACACAAACUAACACAUUCCAAUCAACUCUCUUUAAACCAAGACGUUAAUAAUUUAUCUAGAGAAAAGGGAAUCAGUAAUGUAAUUCAGAGUCGAGUCAAUAAAAUGAAACCAGAGGUAAGACUAAUUGGCCUGCCAGAGAACCAAGGAACGAGGCUCCCCAGACAACAACCACAGACAGGAGCUCCAGGUGUUGACGCUGCCUUACCUGUAUUAUGGAACAGUAAUAAACGUCACCUCGAGUCUGGAGACGAUAUUCACUACAUCACCUUUAGAGGAAAAUCCACUUUUCUUAGGAAUCCAUUAAAGUGUCAUAUCUGGCUCAUUAUCAGGCCAUCCGGGUUAAUGACCGGCCGUAAACCCAUUACUGCCCCCCAAGGGAUCUCCCAUCAGGCCGACAGCACCGCCAUCAUGGAUUGUCUGUGGCCGGUUGUGAUGUUCCUCAGUUCAACAGUACCAGACGGGCCCCGGGGGAACCACCUGCCAGAGACACUAACGGCGCGGUUCACCUCUCCCUCAACACCACCAUCUCCACACCUGGCUGGCACUAGUAGUAAACACAGUAGUACACACCUGAGGAAGUCAUAUGUGCCAAAGCAAAUCCUUGAUGGAGAGGUAGAUUACGUCCCUGGGAAUACACUCACAGUAUUAAUAUCUCCGUAUAAACCAACAAAACCGACUCAAGGUGUAUCGCAGUAUAUACCAGACCUAAAACCAAGUCAAACACCAGAAAAAACAACAAUUUUAAGAAGAAAUAACGUACCUAAACCUACUCUCAAAAUGUACACGCAACAGGUUUUGCUGCCGAGGGCCACAGGAGAUGACAACACAAAGGAAACUGCUUCACAUGACCCAGCGGACGCAAGGCAUUACCCGGUACUAACAUCAAGGCUCAUGGGGGAAGCUGAUGAAAGAAAUCCAACCCAGGCGACGCAACUUGACCUCCCAGAAUUCUUUACCACUGACCUAAAGGGAAACUCGAGGCGCGUAAGGUUGACUCGUAAUGACCCGCGGAAAAGAGUUGAUUCUGGCAGCAACUCCACACUCGAGGCGUUCAAAGGCGAGUUACAGAAUGAGCUAUUACUCGACUUAAGUCUCAUACCUCGAGAAAGACGGAAAAGAAGUGUGGAAAGGAAACAGAAUGUGGGAAGGACGAUAAAAAUACGUAAAACUAGAAGAAUUAGACGAGGUAUUGAGAAAAACUCGAGGAAACGGGAGAACGCGAAGGUAGGUGUCGGGGCCCUAGGGAGCACUGAGGCUGACGGGGGAGGUAAUGAACUGAAGGAGGUUAGACGCUUAUACAGAGCAAAUCACCGACGGCGACGCAGAAGAGGAACAAAACACACACUAAUUCAUUCUCUUGAAAAUAUAGAAAACUCGACACUAAACCUAAGUGUAAGUGUUCCCUCAGCGCCUCUAAGACAUUCUCACAAAGGUAGAAAUUCCACAACAAGUCAGAAUGCAAUUUCCUUUCCCAGAAAUGUUUUACAGGAGAGUAAUUCCAGCUCUGAUUUCUCACUUUCUAAAUCACGAAAAUAUAAUUCUCGUGCUGGGACAACCAGACUCGUAAAGGAUUUCAUGGAGAGAGAGAGUGGCAGUAAUAUUAACCCAGCUUCUAACAUCCUCCCAGACGGUCAUAAGUUGGAGUCCCCACUUGUAAGACUCUCUACAGGUGCUCCAGGUGGGCCGAGAUGUUCCUCGUGUUUGAUUCAACAUUCGCCGGGAACGAGAAGCGGCGUAUCAUAUUUUACACGACCACUUGCGGGGGGAAGUGAUCCUUCAACCACUCCAGACCGCCCGGUGGACGUCGCUAAGCACCUCCCUCAAGUGGACGUCGCCAAGCACCUCCCUCAAGUGGACGUCGCCAUGCACCUCCCUCAAGUGGACGUCGCUAAGUACCUCCCUCAAGUGGACGUCGUUAAGCACCUCCCUCAAGUGGACGCCGCUAAGAACCUCCCUCAAGUGGACGUCGCUAAGCACCUCCCUCAAGUGGACGUCGCCAUGCACCUCCCUCAAGUGGACGUCGCUAAGCACCUCCCUCAAGUGGACGCCGCUAAGAACCUCCCUCAAGUGGACGUCGCUAAGCACCUCCCUCAAGUGGACGUCGCCAUGCACCUCCCUCAAGUGGACGUCGCCAAGCACCUCCCUCAAGUGGACGUCGCCAAGCACCUCCCUCAAGUGGACGUCGCUAAGCACCCCCCUCUGGGGAAACUUUCAGUAUAUCAUUCCACUCCUGGGAAAGUGGAGGAAGAAAACCGAAACGAAACUAAAAUUCCAGAGAGAAAUAAGGAUGUUGAUGUGAGUGUUCCAAAGGGUAACAGUGGUGGGAGUUUAGCUUUCAUGAGAUGGACAAAUGUGACCUACAAUGAUACUGACUCAGGUGGCACAGGUAAAUUGUAUACGGUUAAUACUACGACUGACUCAAUAACUAUGACAGAUUUAAAUGCUAAUCUUCAAAAUGUAACUCGAAUAUCAAGUACUGAAGUUACUCCUUCCGUAAGAGAAAACUCGAGAGGAAAUGAAAAACUUGAUAAGGAUGAAAAAUUUACCCAGAAUAUUCCAUCAGGUAAAGUUACAUUAUUAAGUGACAACACGCGUGACAGUACCUCAACGCCUACCUUACCUUAUGCACUGGAACCUGAGAAGCAAGGCACCACGACACACACACUGCCAUUGGUCUUUGAAAAACACACAGACGAGAACUGGGACGCGACGCUAGUGACCCGUGAAACACCUCUCGUCUUGGUGAAUGCACAAGACCCCGCAAGAAUCAAGACCCCUCACCACCUACAGGAGAACAAGGAAGAACUUAUGAACAGAAGGAGGAACAACUCUUCAGCGACUUUGAACAUAGGAAGUUACGAAAGGGAAUUAACUAAGAAGGAGAAUAUCACUCAAGUAUAUGGAUUGAAACAUGAUACCUUAAGCAACUGGUCUACACAUUCAAGACACCAGAUAGCUGAUGUACCUAGAUGGAAGGAUCAUAUAUGGCUGCCGGUACAGUAUAAAACAUCUCGUACCGGGUCAACACUUCGACGUAAGUUCCUCAGAAACUACAUCAGUCUUGACCAUUACUAUACGUCUCAUGGGCCAAGAGUCAGUGGGUCCUCAGGUCACCAUACCCUAAAUUCCUCGUCAGGUCUUGCAGGUCCAGUUAUUCUGAGUGAAGGUCCAAAAAUUAGGGAUGGUGAUUUUCCAGACCUGAUUCAUCACUCUGAGAAUUAUCUACAUGAUAUUCGUCAAGGUGGACCUCGAUAUGUAGGACGACCACAGAGGCACUUUCAACUCUACUACAGAUCUUCACGUGUACCUAGUUACCUGCGUGGCCAUGUGCAGGUAACCCCACAAGAUCAAUACCCUAUACCUGUUCCCUCACCUCUUCCUCCAAGUCAGCGACAGUCAGACUUUCAAGCUCAAGGUGUUAAUUACAAUCAAGGACGAGGUAUACAGACUCACAGCACCCACACACCUCUCCAUGGCCUCAGGACCUACCAAGCUCCACGACACGUUAAACGAAGUCGAAGUAAUCUGUAUUCAUGGCCAACGAGACAAGACCAUCAGUGGUAUAGUUACACAUCCACUCCAAGACUCGACUACCCUACAAACACCGCGUCCCGGGAUCGUAUAGUGCCUAUCCUGGGGCUGUUUGAUCUGACGGUGAAGGGAGAGGCGAGGGUGGGUGGCAGGGCGGAGUUGGCGGCCGCUCAGUUGGCUCUAACGCACAUCAACGAACAGCGCAUCAUACCUGGUCACAAGCUCAUCAUGUUCCACAAUGACACUAAGUGUGAUAGUGGGAGUGGUGUUGACGCCUUCUUCCACGCCAUCUACACCUCCCGAGCCAAGAUGAUGAUCCUACUGGGUGCUGCGUGUCCUGAGGUGACGGAGAGCCUUGCUGCUGUUGUCCACUAUUGGAACGUCGUGCAGGUGUCAUUUGGGUCAUUGUCACCAGCUCUGAGUGACAGGUCGUCGUUCCCGAGAUUCAUCAGGACAGUGGCGCCGGAUUCCUCCCACAACGCUGCCCGCCUCGCCUUCCUCACUCACCACUACUGGAGUACCGUGACUACCAUCUCUGAAAACCACGAUAUGUAUACCUUGGCACUGAACGAGCUCAUGCCAGCACUAGAGGCAGCCAACAUCUCCCUCCAGGCCACGGUCACCCUGUCCCCUGGCGACUAUACUGAGCAUCUCCACACACUCAAGGAGCAUGACUGUAGGAUCUUCAUUGCCAGCUUUUCCGGAGACCUCGCCAGGAAGGUGUUCUGUCAGGCAUACCAUCUGGGAAUGUACGGGGAGGACUAUGCCUGGGUAAUGUCCGGGGCGCCCCAAGACAGCUGGUGGAGAGUUACGACCGGUACCAACUGCUCGGAGGCGCAGCUGGUGGAAGCGGUGCAGGGGGUGGUACUGGUGACGGCUCACGGCUCAAUCAUAGGAACCAACGCCUCGGAGUCAGGACUGACCAACAGCCAGUUCCUGCAGGAGUUCUCUCGCACUGGGCAGCCCCUAACAGAAUACGUUACUCAGACCUACGACGCCGUGUGGGCCAUCGCUCUAGCUCUCAGUCAGAUGAUGGAGGAGAGCAAGAGAGAGGUCAGGUCAGGUAACAUCCAUCGCCGUCACCUCCAACACUUCCCCACCAGGAGGGAGAUCAGAGAGGUCAACUCAGCGAGGGUCACGAAGGUCACCACCACCACCACCACUACGCCCAGAGGUCAUGAUAAGGAUGAUCAGAAGUGCAGUUCAGGUGUACAUCAGCUGCCGGGGAACUGGACGAAGCCAACUAUGUCUUGGAUCAUGGGACGACUCGCCAGACUUCAAGAGGACCUCCCCUACACCAUUUCCAGUCGUCCAAACCUUCGGCAGCAGGACCCUCACGAUCCCCACGGCGCCCACGAUCCCCAUGGCGCCCACGAUCCCCAUGGCGCCCACGAUACCCACGGCGCCCACGAUACCCACGGCGCCCAUGAUACCCACGGCGGCGCCCUCACCAACGCCUUUUACCUUGACUCCUUCGAUUACUCCCGUGAGGACAUGGCCGAUAAGAUCCUCGAAACUAUGCAGGGACUUCGCUUCCGUGGUGUAUCGGGACCCAUCUCCUUCGACUGUCCAGACCGCGUUGGGGUGACAGCUUUCUACCAGAUACAAGGAGGAGAGCCAGUCAAGGUCGCGUUGUAUCACCCUGAAGAGUGGUCUUUGGAUCUCAGUUGCCCCGGGUGCUCGGCUCUCGUGUGGCCUGGGGGACAAGUGCCAGCGUCUCGAGUCUUCAUGCUGAGGGUGGAUACUAUCGCCCCGGCUGCCUUUGUGAUCAUGUCUUCCCUGGCUAGUUUGGGCAUCAUCCUCGCCCUCGCGUUCCUCAUCUUUAAUCUUACUUAUCGUCGCCUCAAAUGCAUUAAGUUAUCCAGUCCUCGUCUCAACAACACAACGGUAGUGGGCUGUAUAUUGGUCUACACAGCCGUCAUACUGUUAGGUCUUGACCACGCUACCCUACCUACCCCUGACUGCUUCCCUGUUGUCUGUACCGCCCGUGCGUAUCUCCUGUCAGCGGGCUUCUCACUGGCCUUCGGUUCUAUGUUUACGAAGACUUACCGAGUACACCAGAUCUUCACCCGGUCUAACAGCGCGGGUGUGGUCAGGAACAAGCUGCUGAAGGACAAACAGCUGAUCACCGUCAUCAUGGUUCUUCUCGCUGUGGAUGUGGUGAUCGUCAGUGCCUGGGUUGGUGUGGACCCCAUGACGCGACACCUCCAUAACCUGACUGUAGAGAUGUCUACUGAGGAUAGCGGCGUGGUGUACCAGCCCCAGGUGGAGGUGUGUCGUAGUGAACAUACAAGCGGGUGGUUAGGGGCCCUCUACGUCUACAAGGGCUUACUGGUUGCCGUCGGGGUCUAUAUGGCCUGGGAGACGAGACACGUCAAGAUCCCAGCACUAAACGACUCCCAGUACAUAGGGAUGAGUGUUUACAAUGUCGUCAUCACCUCCGUCAUCGUCAUCGUCGCCGCUAACGUCAUCGGGGAGAGGACCACCUUGGCCUACGUCAUCAUCACUACCCUCAUCUUCACCUCCACUACUACUACCUUGUGUCUGCUGUUUGUGCCCAAGAUCCUGACUAUUAUAAGACGGGCUGAAGGUGACCCUGUAGUGGAGAGUAUGGGGUUGAAGAUUCAGUCAAACACACGCAGACUACUGACGGAGGACAAGCGGGAGAAAUUCUACCGGGCGGAGGUACAAAACAAAGUCUACAGGAGAGAGGUCGUCAAGCUGGAACAGGAACUCCACAAACUACAUCGUUGGAUUGAGUGUCCUGAGAGUCCUACAUCUUCUACGGGUUCCUACGACAUAAACAAGAAGGGGUCGUUAUCGUCCACGGGAUCAGAUAAUGACCGAAUGGGAGGUGUGAGGAAUGCGAGAGGUGUCGGCGAUGUGGAGGGAGGGGGCGGAGUGACGGAGGACGGCCUAGCUGGUGACGGAGGUAGAGCGUUGGGGGAGGUGCUGGGGGCGCCACACACUCAAUAUCUACAGAGUGAUGACACCACCGUCAGGAGGGUUAAGAGGGAGAGAAUGUUCCGCUCGUUACACCGCUCCCUGCCCUCCCUCACGCUGGGCUGCCCAUCGAGACGGCCCUCUGACACCCGCCUCCCUGCUGAUGGCGCCGAGGACGAGGAGGAGAGCUCAUCCUGCGGCCCCUCUCAGAUAUUCUUUGACGCUCAGAGGUUCCACGAGGACCAAGAAGAAGCGCGGAGACAAGACGAAGAGGAGGACGACGACGAUGAUGACGAUGAAAGAUCUCCCAGACUUGGAGCUUUCCCCGCCUCGCCUCAUCCUCUGCAGCGCUCCCGGCUGGUCAAGAGGAGCCCCAUCAAGCUACGGACGGAGCCAGAGGACGAGGGCAUCGUUGAUCUCCGCUACACUCUCAAUUUCUCAACUCCUCUACUGCACGGCGUCACAGAGGCGGACCUCCCGUUCUCCAUCAGCACCCACGUACAGCACGGCCCCCGCGUCUCAUUUUUAGACCAGGACGGUCAUCACUCCUACGACUCUAGUCCUGAGAUCCGCAAGUCAGCGCUCAACUCGUGUUCAUAUUCAAGCCCGGAAGUCCGUCGACCUACAAGGAACACUUGCUCUUCGACAGACAUCCGCUUACAGAUCGAGUGUUCAAGUGUCAUCCAGGACGAGAAACUUUCUCCCGUAGUGGAGUAUAGAGUCAAUGACCUGGACGUGUUAUGCCCGUAUGGACGUAGAUCUAGACCUCCGACCUGUGAGGCGUCACCCGUAGGAGGAGGUACCCUGGAUGUCAACAACACCUCAGAGGCCAGGAUACACACUUCCAACGGUGUCGUCAACCACACCCCCAGGAGACACGUCACUAGACCACCUCCAGACAACACUACCAUAUCAAACGCUGCCAGAUCUAGUGGUCACAUUUUUUCAGCAGUCAUUGUUCAUCAUGUUGCGAAUGUUCACAUGUAGUGGGUUCUCACGUGUAGUAGAUAUUCAUAUGAAACACAUGUUGAUAACGUCAUGUUUGUAUAUGCUCGAUCAUCUAGUAGAGCGUGUUUACAUGUGGGAUCAUAAACAUAACAAAAUAUACAGACGUAACAAGGUAACAGGGUCGGAAGUAUUCAUCUUGUAAAAGGAACGAACGUUUUACAUAAAGGUUUAACAUAGUCUUGGUGCGUAUCAAAGGUUUUCUGUGGUGUACACUAGAGGGGGAUCUUAGAUAUUGACACAAACACACACAUAUCGACUCAUCCUGUCUUGAUCCACUUUAGCGUUAGCCCGUAUGUGUUUUUUAAUAUAUAUAUAAAGGAAUAUAGACCAAAAACAUUUUAUAUAGUAUUUUAUUGUAAGAUUUUAAUAAUUAGGAAUUACAUUAUAGUGAAGUAUUUUCAUAUGAAGGUGCUGGUCGCGUUCCGUAUUGGCCUACUUGUAUGUUAAGUGAAUAUCACGUACUCUUAUGGUGUGAGAGAGAGAGA